GUAACAUUGCAGCUUCAUUUCCGGGACCUGGUGACAUGGCGAGAGGUGAUCAAGGUCACAGAAUGUCACACACAGCACGCGCGGAAGGUUACUUGAUCUCCAAUCCUUUACACGAACUUGAUAAUCCAAGACAUCGAUCUGAUUCAUACAAAGUUCCUUGA